GGGAAUCCAACCCUGGUAUUUCUGUAUCAUUUUCAAAUGAAGAGUUUGAUUCUGAUUAAUUUGAUACCAAAUUUAUCCGAAUCGGUUAAGCGAAACUGGAGUUAUUGAAAGAUUACGAACCCCAAAGUAGGUCUUUCAAUUAUCGUCUGCUGCUCAUGCAAGUCGCCAUUUCUAGUAGACCCCCAGCGAAGGUAUGACGUAUGGCACGGACAUCUUCGAUCGCGAGCGCUGGCCUGGAGAGAUCCGUCGCGCGCUAGCAGACGCUAUUUCUAUAGGUUCAGUGUGCAAUUUACCGAGCAAGAUGGUGUUUUGCCAGGCCUACGGCUGCAACAACAGAACUGGAAAAAAGUGUGGAGGGAAAUCUUUCCACCGAUUUCCCAAUCCCAAAACUAGACCGGACGUUUUCAAGAAAUGGGCAGCAGCAGUGAAAGUAGAGAAAUUUCUGCUAAAAAGCUACAAAUGGACUCCAAAUGACCAGAUAUGUAGCGAUCAUUUUGUGGAGUCCGACUACGAAGUCGAUCUUCGUGCAAAAUUGAUGGGGACCAAACCGCGGGUUGUUCUAAAAGAAGACGCUGUUCCGUCGGUAUUUUCAUUUUCAUCUUCAUCGGGACCUUCUACAUCAUCAAGAGAUGAGCGAUCAGCUCAAGCAAGUUGUAAAGAGUAUCUUCGAACUGUUCUUGGAGAACGUCCUAGUGAUCAAGGCGGUAAAGGCACACCUAAGACUGAUAAUGAAUCCAAUCAUCCAUGUACAUCAACUUCUGAUGAUUCGGUGUUACCAAUGGAAGGAAUUGAAUCUGGUGGAGAUGCUCCAAAUGAAGAGACAACACAAAGCAGUAGUCAGUCGUUUCUACCAAUUGAGGAGACAGUUUCAGAUGGAGAUGUACAGCCAAAACCAGAGACUCCACAGAGUUACUAUCACGGAUCAGCUACUGGAUUGACUACAGGUACUGAGCCAACACCUAAAAGGAGGAAAGGAAGUCGCAAAAGGAAAAGGAGUUCAUCUAAGAAGAGGCAGAAAUGCGUUGCAACAUCUAACGCAACUACACAGACACUGUCAUCUGGUCCACAACCAAUGGAGGAGAAGAUGUGUCAAUGUCCGGAUGAUUUUUCCCAUGUACGAAAGGACCAUACUUAUGCAGAAAGCUACCCUCGCAUUCUAAAACCGGCCUUUGUGAUGGUAGAGGUAGCGGAAGAGUCCCAAGCUUCAGAUUAUGGAGGUGACUCUAGUCAGUCAAGAUAGUACUUCCCCUCAGC